AUGGGCCCCGCAAUGUCCUCCGAGGACAAACUUGAUGAGCUCCUCAAGGAACUCAACGAAGUCUACGAUAGCGAAGUUAGCCAGUACCGACAAUGCUUGAACGCCGUGGCAGAGGACCUAAAUCACGUCCUUGCUCAGGACAAUGUCCGGCAUCUCCCAAUAGCCGCUCGGGUGAAGAGCUGGGAUUCCAUCAACGGUACUGCGCGGCGCCGACAGAAAGACCGCCUGGCCGCCCAAGAGAUUCAAGGCAAGAUGGUUGAGCAGAAGGAGAACUGGGAGGUUCAAUUUGACAGAUAUAAAAUGGACAAGGAAGAGAUUGGAUAUUUCAAAACCCGGAACGAGCUCGAGCUUGGCUUCCACGACAUGCUUGGCGCGCGGAUCGUGCUCUAUUUUCCCAGCGACACACCGAGGGUCAUCCAACUCCUCAAGGACGCUGGCUAUGAAUACGGCAAGGAUGCGAAGAAAAUGGGGGGUCCGGCAAAUGUUAGGAUGCUGCGAAAGCUUCACGCGAAAUGGCUGGAUGCUUCCGCGCCUGGGCCGCCGCCUAAGAAGAAAGAGCCGGACGAUGACCUCGACGCUGACGGCUUGGAGAAGCAGUUCUCGGGAUACGGCGCUAUUCACUUGGCUGUCAAGAUACCCAAGCGACUGCAUCCGCGAGAUCUGACACCGGACGAGAAGGAGGUUUGGGAAAAGAAGGUGGUUGAAAUCCAAGUCGGCACUGUCAUCAUGCACGCCUGGGCUGAAGUCGAGCACGACAUCACCUACAAGACCCAUGGGCGCGAGGUGACACAGGACGAAAAGGCUGUUUUGGACAUACUCAACGGCCUCGCCAUUGCCAGCGAGGUAGGCCUGCGUCGUUUCCGAUCGCCGGGCGCCUCGCCGUCGUCUACCGCCAUGGACGUCGACGAACUGCACAGCUGGAUGCACCAGUUCUACAUCACCAAGAACCGGGACAUGCCGGACGAGUGGCUGGAUAUGGAUCAGCUUUAUGACUUUCUGAUCAAGCGCCACCACAACCAGCGAGACAAGUUCUUGCAUUACGCAGAGGUCGCCUGGAACAUUCUAUUGCUGCACGAGAAAAAAGAAGGCUGCAACCUCGACCAUGUUUUCCCCUUCAUCAUGAUGCACCACCACGUGCCAGUUCUUGUACUUGAACAAGGCCGUCGCAUCAAGGCAGAGAAGGAGGCUGCUGAAAAGCAAGCUGAAGAGGAGGAGGCCGCAGAGGAAGAAGCCGACUCGGAGCGUGGGCCGUCGAGCCCGACAGAUAGGAAGAAGAAGAAGGAGAAACCUAAACACCCGUUAACGAGAGCAGAGACGAGAAGGAUUGCACACCUGAUCCAGAAAGCCAAUGAUAAGGAGCUCGAAGAAAUUGCAAAACUGGUCGAGCAGUACAAGAUAGGUAGUAGGAGAGGCCAAUCAGACGGAGAAGAGUACCUGGGAGUCAUCAGUCUACGCGAGUGUGAAUCCCGUAUUGCUACUGAUCCAAAGUGGCUGGACAAGGUUCGAAGGCGUUACGACGAGUGGAUUUUGGAGGAAAUUCCGCCCCAUGGUCGUUGGGCGACGUUUUAUGCAGAGUCGACCGAGCUUGGUUUUCCGAUGAGGACUGUUCAGAGGCCGAGUCAAGAUGAUUUGUCUAGGAAGAAUCGGAGUGAACAGUUUAGUGACUGGAUUAAUAUGCGAUGGGGUCGGUUAGGACUUACGUUGGAGUACAUGGCUCCGGGGAUUAGUAUGAUGUUGGUUUUGAAGCAUUACGGGAUGUUUUGA